CCGGGAGGGGGCGGCGAGGGGUGAGAGCUGCCACCUGAGAGGAUGGCGGCGGACGGCGAGUGGCUUCUGCGGGCCCCCACCGCCACCGAGCUGCUGCUGGCGGCCGUGUGCUGGCUGGGCUGCUACUGGAUGCUGCGGCCGAGGGCGCCGCCGGGGCUGCCGCCGGGCCCCGCUCCGUGGCCGCUGGUGGGCAACUGCGCCUUCGCCCUGCUGCCGCCGCCGCUGCUCCGGAGGUGGGUGCUGGAGGUGUGGGGCCGCGGUCCAGGCUCCCCCGUCUUCUCCCCCCACGUCUUCCUCACCGGCCUCACCAAGAUGUACGGCAGCAUCUUCCGGCUCUUCGUGGGCAGCCGGCCCUUCAUCGUUCUCAACACCUUCGGGGCGGUGCGGGAGGCGCUGGUGCAGAAGGCGGAGGUGUUCAGCGACCGCCCCUCCGUCCCCAUCGUCCUCUUGAUCACCCACAACAAGGGUGUUAUUUUUGCACCUUAUGGCCCUGUGUGGAAGCAGCAGAGGAAAUUCUCUCUUGCGACACUGCGGCAUUUUGGAGUAGGAAGACAUAGCUUGGAGCCCAAGAUCAUUGAGGAGCUGAAGUUCAUAAAGGAAGAAAUGCUGAAGCAUGGGAAGGAUUCAUUUAAUCCCUUUCCGAUUAUUCGCAAUGCAGUGUCUAAUGUUAUCUGCUCCAUGGCCUUUGGCAGGCGUUUCAAUUAUGAAGACGUUGAGUUCAAGACGAUGCUGAAGAACAUGGCCCGUGCACUGGAGCUAAGUGUGAACAGCUCUAUGAUCCUGGUCAACAUCUGCCCUUGGCUGUACUACCUUCCCUUUGGGCCUUUCAGGGAGCUUAGAAAAACAGAAUUAGAUAUUACUGCUUUUCUAAAGCAAAUAAUUGCACAGCACAGGGAUACACUGGAUGCAGCAAAUCCCAGGGACUUCAUUGAUAUGUAUUUCCUCCAUGCAGAAGAAGAGAAGAACAACAAGGAAAGCAGUUUUAAUGAAGACUACCUAUUUUUUAUCAUUGGAGACCUGUUCAUUGCAGGCACAGACACUACUUCCAACACGAUAUUGUGGUGCCUGCUCUACAUGUCCCUCUACCCAGAAGUACAAGAGAAAGUUCAUGCAGAAAUUGAAGCAGUUCUAGGACGUGACAAAGUUCCCUCUCUUACCCACAAGGCUCAAAUGCCCUUCACAGAGGCAACCAUUAUGGAAGUGCAGAGGAUGACUGCAGUUGUUCCUCUUUCUAUCCCACGAAUGGCUUCAGAAACUGCUGUGCUGCAGGGAUAUACUAUUCCAAAGGGCAGCGUGAUCGUGCCCAACUUGUGGUCGGUACACAGAGAUCCUAAUAUUUGGGAGAACCCCGAUGACUUUCAACCAACAAGAUUUCUGGAUGAAAAUGGCCAGAUAAUUAAGAAAGAGGCAUUCAUUCCUUUUGGAAUGGGUAAACGUGUGUGCAUGGGAGAGCAGUUGGCAAAAAUGGAGCUGUUCUUAAUUUUUGCAAGCCUAAUGCAGAGCUUUACCUUUUUGUACCCUGAAAAUGCUACAAAGCCAUCUAUGGAGGGAAGGUUUGGUCUAACUUUAGCUCCCUGUCCAUUCAGAAUAAUAGCUUUGAAGAGAUGAUAAAACAUCACAAAUAAUGGAAGAAAUGCUGCACUUUUAAAACCCAGCUUUAUUUUCUUUCCAGCUUACUUUGUUACUUUCUUUCCAGAAAAAAUACAGUAACUGCACAGGCUUUCAUACCAAUGAGAAAGACCCAUUUGCAAUUCUGGAUAGAGAAUUAUUAUUAUUGUUUUUUGUCAGCUGUUGCAUUCCACAAAUGAACUGAAAAUAGAGUUUGUAAUUUGAUAUUAAAACUUGCUGGGCUUAACUCCUCUGUUUGUUAAGCUAGCGCUGCUUGCUUGUCAAAUGUUAAUUAUGGGAGAAUGGGCCAAAACCAUCUGUUAAUACUGUAGUGAAUCUGAAUUGUUAUUUUGGUGAAAGCAAUAUGUGAACUUUUAUCAUACGACUGAAGGGCUUCAUCUUAUAGAAGAAUUAAUGGAUAGGAGAGUGUUGUUAGUGUUUUCUGUGCAAUGAAACAUUACAAACAUAAUGGAGUUCAAGUAAUGCACUUUAUUGAAGGAACUAAAUGAUACUUCUUUAACCUUGAAGCAUUCUGUCUGGUGAGUAACUUACAGGUGGAGACUGGAUCGAAUCAGUCUCUAUUCCUGGAUCUGGAUGUCCUUGACUAUCAGAGCUUCCUGUAAACAUGCAGGUACCAGCUCUAAAAAAACCAUGCCAGGCUCAUUUGGAGGCCUAGUGAAUUGCUGCAUAUGCUAAGUUCUUAACUUGGGGAUACAAAAGGAAUGCACAGCCUCUGAAUACAGAUAAUUUAUUUCUAAAUAUAAAAGACAGCUAAUUUCUCUAGCAUAAAGCAGAACUCUGGUGCCAAGCAGGUAUCCAAUACUGUACACCUAUGAUAACAGUUCCCUGUGUUGCCUGUAUCACAAGUGAUGGUCUGUCCUCUGGCUGCGGCCUGGAUGAGACCACCAGCCUGUUCAUCAGGAAGACGUCUGCAUGGAUAAUCUGGAAGCUAUGGCUUGCACUAAGGUUCUUCCUUACAGGCAGUAUGGAUGCUACUGCCACUACCUUUUUGGCUCUGAAAACUGGAAUCUUACAUCAAACACACGCCAACAUUGUACUGCAGAUGUAGGCCUUAAAAGUUUAGGCACAGAAAUUAGGUAUCUGACAUACCUGAGGUCUGGCUGUAGAGGCUGCUUCUUUGUUAUCUUCUAUAUGGUGUAAAAAGAUCUGUAGUCCACAUAACAUUAGUGUAUCAGAACCUUACUGUUUCCUCAUGUAUAAUUUUAGUGCUGUUUACCACUGUCAAACUGAGCAUCGAGGAAGCCUGUUCUCAGGUAUUUCAGAAUGGGGCGCUCAGUCUCACUGCCUUUUAUUUAAAAGGAUUUCAAAUGUCUGAUGUUUGAGGGAUGUGCAACUGUUAACCUGUACAUAAAUGUUCUUGGCCAUCCUUCAAUCUCUUUAUAGACUUUUUGAUCUAGCAGGGUUUUAUAUUCGAUUAAAUAAAUACACGUGUACUCUUUUAAGGAAUUUUUUCCCCCUUAUUGGAGGUCUAGAAAAUACCAGUCAUCCUCCAGAUGUUAAGUUCACUGGACUGGAAGGUGAAAUAAACUGUAAAGUGAAAUGGGGAAUUCUGUAGAAGAAAUUAAACCUAUAUUGUAAAGGAAAAUAUAGUUCUUAAGCUCUAAAUUCUCUCUAUUCUUGUCUUUGAUUUUAAAUCAAAUCUUUAAAAGCCAAAUAGUGCCUGGCAAGGACUGCAGGAUACUUUGCAUUUCAAUUAAGGUUUUUUGCUAGCUGUUUUAAAUUACAUUGGUUGCUCGUGUACCCCACCACUGUUGUGAGACCUUCCAGUUUUUAUUAAGGCUAGCUUAUGACUUUAUAGUUGCUGUGCUAUUAUUGUUAUUAUUUUGUAUGGAAUUUUUGAAAACCCCAUCGCACAAGCAAUUGUGUUUGGUACCAGUGCUAACAAACUUGCAGUCAAAGCCAACUGCAUUGGAUUAAUAAGCAUUUAUUUAUUUAGCUUUAUGUUUUCCACUGAACAAUGUACAGUUGGGAUUUUUAUCUGGAAGUCCUUAAAAUGGCAUAUGCUUAAUUGCAGAGCUGAAUUAAGUGCUGAUAAUGUUUAUCUAUCUGUCAAAAUGCCUCUUUAAGCAAUAUAAUGAUGUUGAUGUGCAACUGAUGAUUUAUGUAUCUGUCCUUUUAAUCUUGAGGACAUAUUUGAAAAGCACUUUAUUAUUGUUGGUUUUUUUUCUUUACUGAUUCCAAAGAAGACUCAAUUCACAUCACCACGUCGUAGUAUGUGGAAUUACAUGGAUUUGUGUUCAUCUCGCCUGCUGAGCUGAGUGUGAAAUGUCACCUUUAAAAGUCGUCCUCCUACAAAUAGUACUUUGGGAGCGCAGUUCCUUGGCAAUACCUAUAAUCAAACACCCACAGCGUAACAAGCUGCAAACCCUGAUAUGAUGCUGCAACCACGUCAACAUCCGCCAGAAUGCGAGAUGAUGUUGGAAAUAACAACAAAGACUUGCCUUUCAUUGCUUUCAGACGCACUGAGUUUAUGUAGAACACUAUGAUAGUUAACUAAACUAUAGCAAGGACGUAUUAGCGGUUCAAACCUGUGUUGCCAUCUGUGGUAAACUGUAAGUAAAGUGGUAGCAGAUUUGGUUUAUACUGUAAAUGCAUCCAUCCCCUCCUAUUAUUAUUUUUCCAGAGGACAAAGCAUCUCAAAUGCCUUACUGAAAAAAAAAUGUAUGUUUGUAUAAGCAAACAGCUAUUUCUGAAUGCAGAAAAUGUCUUAGUUUCUGAAAAUGACUUCAGAAUUUGCUUCAGUAUAAUUUUAUGUUUAAUAAAAUCAUUCUUAAGUAAG